AUGGAUAGCCCACGAAACAUCACAGAAUUUUUCAUGCUGGGACUCUCACAGAACCCUGAGGUGCAGAGGGUUUUAUUUGUGUUCUUUGUGAUGGUGUACCUGGUCUCUGUUGGGGGCAACCUACUUAUCAUGAUCACUAUUAUUUACAGCUCCACCUUGAGCUCCCCUAUGUACUUUUUCCUGUCAUAUUUGUCCUUUAUUGAUACUUGCUAUUCCUCAUGUAUGACCCCCAAACUCAUUGCUGAUUCCAUGUAUGAGGGGAGAGCCAUCUCUUUUGAAGGUUGUAUGGCUCAAUUCUUUGUUGCCCAUUUAUUGGGAGGAACUGAGAUCAUCUUGCUCACAGUGAUGGCUUUUGACCGAUAUGUGGCCAUCUGUAAACCCCUGCACUACACAACCAUCAUGACCAGGCAUCUCUGUGGCCUACUUGUGGGGGUGGCCUGGCUGGGGGGCUUUCUACAUUCAUUGGUUCAGCUUCUUCUUGUCCUUCAGUUGCCCUUCUGUGGGCCCAAUGUGAUCAAUCACUUUGUCUGUGACUUGUACCCCUUGCUGGAACUUGCCUGCACCAACACAUAUGUCAUCGGCCUGCUAGUAGUCGCCAACAGUGGAGUGAUCUGCCUGCUGAACUUCCUGAUGCUGGCUGCCUCCUACAUUGUCAUCCUGCGCUCCCUAAGGUCCCACAGUGCAGAGGGGAGGCGCAAAGCGCUCUCCACCUGUGGGGCCCACUUCACUGUGGUUGCCUUGUUCUUUGUGCCUUGUAUAUUUAUUUACAUGAGGCCAUCGUCUACUUUGUCCGUAGACAAAAUAGUAGCUGUGUUUUAUUGUAUUCUGACACCCAUGUUCAACCCCCUGAUUUAUACUCUGAGAAAUGCAGAGGUGAAAAAUGCAAUGAGAAAUCUCUGGAAAAAAUGA